AUGGCAUUUGGCCAGAAAGGUGCAAAGCAAAAUGAAAUCUCACAAUCAGCAGGACAUCAAACCCAUCAUCAGACUCAAAACCAGCCAUCACAAGAAGAUUUCAUUGAUUUGGAAGAUGAAGUCAUGGAAGAAAAUGGAAGCAAGGGGAGUUCCAAAAAGAACAUGAAGCCACUAUACGAUGAAGUUACUAUACUUGAUACUGCAAAGUCUAAAAAUGCAGGGGGGACUAAAAGAUGGAGGUGCAACUAUUGCAAAAAGACUUGUAGCAGCUCGUAUACAAGAAUUCAUCACCAUUUUUUUGGUGCCCCUGUAGGAGUGAAGGCUGAAAUUGCUCGGUGCCCAAUCAUGAUUUCAAACCGAGACUUACUUCGUCAAAUAAGAAAGAAAGUAGAGGAAGCUGAGGAAGCAGGUAUUUCACCAUCUUUAACUAGAUCUACCAUUAAUAGUAAAACUGCAGUAGCCACCAACAUGAGUCCUUUGGAUAAAUCUUUUCGAAACUUGGAAAGACACGAGGUUGAUAUGGCUGUUGUUCGAUUUUUAUGUGCUAAUGGAAUUCCGUUCAAUGUUUUGAGAAGUCCAGAGAUGCAUGCCAUGACUAACGCAUUGAAAAAUGCUCCUAAAGACUAUAAACACCCGUCGUAUGAUAGAGCCAGAACAUCCCUCCUUGAUGAUUGCAGGCGAGAUGUCGAGAAACAGUGUAUUCCGAUUAGCGAGACAUGGACAAGGCAGGGGACUUCUAUUGUUUCUGAUGGGUGGUCAAAUAUUAAAAACAAGCCACUGAUCAACGUUAUUGCAUCUAAUAGUCGCGGCUCAAUGUUUCUGUAUGCAGAAGUCUUUUCAGGUGUAGAGAAAUCGGGAAAAACAAUAGCAGAUUUUCUCCUCAAAGCAAUUGAUGAAAUUGGCCCGUCAAAUGUCAUUCAGGUAAUCACUGAUAAUGCAGCAAAUUGCAAAGCAGCAGGAAGAGAGAUUGAAAAGGUACACAAGCAUAUAUUCUGGUCCCCUUGUGUUGUGCAUACUUUAAAUUUGAUGUUUAAAGAUUUUGCUGCAACUUUUCCGUGGAUGGAGAGUACCUACACAAGAGGAAAAGCUAUCGUCAAAUAUUUUAAAAAUCAUGAUCGUGCUCAUGACAUUUUCAGAAAUCAUUCUGGCUUGGAGUUAUUAAAAGUAGCCAAAACAAGAUUUGGAUCGCAUUUUAUAUUAUUGAGGAGGCUAUCAAAAUGCAGGGAAGCAUUAGCUACUACUAUAGUUGUGAGGGCUUGGAAAGAAUGGAUAAAAUCCGGAGAUGAACGUGCAAGAGAGGUCGGAAUGGAAGUGGCUGCUACAAUAGCAAAUGAGGAAUUUUGGGACGAAGUUGAUAAUAUUUUGGCUAUUACCAAGCCACUCUAUUAUAUGAUAAAAUUUUCUGAUGGUGAAGGACAAAAGAUGGGAGAAAUUUAUGAAAAAAUGGAUUGUAUGAUUGGUGAGAUUGGUGAUGUUAUGAAUCAUAACAAGCAUCACGCUGAUUAUGAAAAAAUGAAGGAGAUUAUGAUUAAAAGAUGGGAGAAGAUGAACUUACCAAUGCAUUGCUUAGGAUUUGCCCUGAAUCCUUUUUAUUACGACGUUAAUUACUUGAAGUCUCCUGCUCCAGGUGGGGAAUCUAGGCGUGCACCAAACUGCGACAGAGAAGUAGUCCAGGGAGUUCUUGAUGCAUUUGAUAGAGUGGGAGAAGAUCAAGAGGAAAAAAGGGUUUUCCGGCGACAAUUAUCCAAAUUUCAGGGUAAGGAAGGGAUAUUUGGUACUCUAGCUGCUAGGAUUGAUGCACAGUCCAUGGAUCCAAUAUCUUGGUGGUCCACAUAUGGGGCUGAAACUCCUGAAUUGUCUAAUAUUGCUCUCAAAGUACUCUCACAGCCUAUAAGCAGCUCAUCAGCCGAAAGAGUGUGGAGUACAUACUCUUAUAUUCACAAUGUAAAGAGGAACAGGCUUAAUUCUAUGAGAGCUGAUAAGUUAGUCUAUGUUCAUAGUAACAUAAGACUCAUAUCUCGCUUUACAAAAAGUUACAAAGACGGACCAUAUCGGAAGUGGGAUGUUGAUCCGGAGACAUCCUAUCUGGAUGACUCUGCAGUGAGACUAGAAGAACUAGAGGGGAAUGAAGGACAGGAAGAAGAAAACUCAGCACAAGCAUCUAAAAGGCAAAGAUAUCCAGAGUACUUCUGA